AUGCCCUUCUUCAAGAAGGUCUUUGGGUCCAAAGAUGGAUCGCGCGGUGCAAAGGCAGGCAACGCCAGCAGCCAGCCCGUGGCACCGCCGAAGCCGCGCUGGGAAGAGUCCUGGACCCGCAAAGAGGUUGCGCCCGACGAGAUCCAGGAGCUCAUACACGUCUGCACACGAGAGAUGAAGUCAAGAGCACUGGACAUUCCCUUCAUAUUGCUACCCUUCCGCCCAACAUCAGAACCCAGCGCCGCUCGCAACUUUGUGCGCAACUUCUUCAGGGCUAAUUACGAGGGGAGCAGGCAAUUCACUGGCGAGGGGUUGGCGCAGGAAGUGCGCCUCGCAGAGCCAUUGACACUUUGUAGCAUAAUGAAAUGGUGUUGGAGCAGAUUGCCCGGCGGCGUCGUCAGUUGGGACGCGUACGAGCUUUUCCGCAUCGGGGAGUCGGAUUCCAACUUCGCCAGACACGCCUUCGAUACUUUCAUUCCACUCAGCGUCGAGUCGGAAGCCCGCAAACGUGUCAUCUUCGAUUUCUUCGAUCUGCUCGCUGCCGUAGCUGCACGAGGCAAGAGUAAUGGCAUGGGCGGGAGGAAGCUGUCUCGUAUGGCCGGAUGGUGGGCCUUCGAGUUCACAGACGAUGGCAAAGGCUUUGACGGGGGCUACCGCGCAUGGGAAAAAUCACUUCUGUCGUUGCUAUCGCAGACCGAAUACCCGCCACAAGCGCCACAGCUCAUGUUCCAGACCACCACCAAAGUCGUUAUGAUCGUGGACUCUGUGUCUCCUACGCCAUUUGCCCUUUUGCGCCGAGCGAAGAAUUUUGAAUACCGCGACGAUGACGAGGCUCUGCAGGCCUUCUCAUCUUAUGACGAUACCGUCACAGCAUUGACUGACGAGUGCCGCAGAGUGCUAGAUUCCAUCUCUUCCGCCAAUCAAUCUGUGGCAGCAGCGGCGGAGGGUUCGAAACAAGAUCCAUCCUGGUCCAAAUUUGAAGAUCUGGGUUUCUCGGGAAUACUAGAUAGUCCAUCGCUGAGUACUAACGGUGCGCCAAGUGAGUCCGGUACACGCGAGUUCUCCAGCAUGAGAUCAGGGGCACGCUCGCGGAACAACGACUUUGGUCGACCUACAACACCUUCCUGGGCUGAUUUCCUUUCCACUGGCUUUCCAGACGAGAACAACAAUACGUCGACAUUACUAUCACCUUCCGCAAAACUUCCACCCAUUGGCGAAGCUGCUCGCGUGCAAAGCUCACAAUCCCACGUGCGCAACUUGCGCGGCGAGGAGGAUCUCGAUCCUGGUGAACUUGCGAGCAUCACUCAGCUUGACCUCGACGAUACAUUCUGGUGGGUCUGGAUGACGAGUCUAGCAUCCGAGGAAACCACCGAGCGCAAAGCUGCCUUUGGGAGAUGCACAUUGAUCGAGACGAAGAUUGCAGGCGCGAAAUGGCUCGUGAUGGAAGAGCAGGUCAAGGGCGCCUCGCCUGGACAGGAAGAAGGAGCUUAUAUCGCGGAGAAGAAAUCUAUGUUCAGCUGGACCAAGCGGGGUCGGUUAGGGCGGAGAAAAUCUACGGGCAAGAAGCCAACAGCUAAGGAGCCGUAUAACCGCACAACCCAAAACACGCCAAUGAGCAAGACCAGUAUCGGUCCAGAUCAGCACGCUCGUGUCCAAGCCGCCGCAGCAAGACUAGCCCAAGACCAGAGAAACCUACAAGCUGCGGAGCAGCUUGCCCAGCGCCGCGGUAGGAACGAUGAUGCAAAUUCAACCAAGACGAACAGUGUCCUCACACUGCAGCCCCACCUACUGAGUGAAGCUGGACCAGCAAUGAAGUGGGAUAAGAGGUUCGGGGAAGGUGCAAAGGAUCGUGAUGCACUCCGUGCUCAGUACCUCGGCGACGUGGCAGCUGGCAAAGGCUCGAAUACCAACCUUCUGUCUACUGCGAAUGGGAAUGGGAGCACUGCGGCUUUGUCUCACCGCAAUCAUUCAAACCGUGAUCUUCCUGCGCUGCCUACAGCUGAGGAGAACGCGCCACCAUCCCCUGCACCUCAGGCUUUCCCGGAGCCGCAGUACAACGGAGCUUCGAGCUCGGCUCCACCACCUCCGGAGAAAGCAGCGCUAUCGCCUGCCGUUUUCGAUGAUAAAUCCGGUCCUGCAUUAGACCAGCAUCCAGCGCUCAGGAAGCCUGUUCCAGUGCAGCCUGAGACACGUCCCAGUGACGAGCAUGGUCCUGUUUCAGACGCAAAGAAGUCCCCUCCUUCGAAAUUAAAGAAGAACAAGAAAGAGGGCGGUGGUGGAUUCCGAAAGCUUUUUGGCAAGAAGAGGGCUGAAGCUCCAGCGCCAGUGACCACUAAACCCGACGACGACGCACGCCUACGUGCAAUUGAGGCCACCAGAAGCGUUUCGCGAAUCGACGAUCACGGCGACGCUCGUGAGCCCUCCCCAGCCCGCAGCGUUGAGAAGCCAUUGCCCCCACCAACUUUCCCUACAGAUGCACAGCAUAGUCCAGCGUUAUCGGCGAUCUCGAAGACGUACCAUGAACCGGCGCUCCAAGUGACGCCCACCCCGAACAGGCACCAAGACCCAGAGGCAAACGCUGCGUUCUCCACUUUCGACCAAGGACCCAUGGACGACAUGCCAGCCUUCGUGCCCGAUGAUUCCGACGACGACGAUGCAGCUCCGAGCGUGCCUCGCUACGCACCUCCAGCAGUGCCGGAAGAAUCUACGCCCUCACGACGCUCCAUUGACAACAUCUCAGAGGAGUCAGUGGAUGAUUCGGCGCAGGCACCUCAGACGCAGGACCGCUGGGCACAGAUCAGGAAGAACGCCGCUGAGCGCGCUGCCCGCUUGAGCGAGGAGCAGUCUCGCAGAAGCCACAGCCAGAGCGUGCGCACCGACGAGGGAGAAACCAGCGGCGAAGAGACGAUCGAGAGCCGCGUCGCGCGCAUCAAGGCGAGAGUCGCGGAGCUCACGGGCAAUGUCGACGGUCAGCCCGGGGCCCAGGCGCCGGCUAGGCGAUAG